CGAGCGCGCGCACUUUCAGGAAGUCGGGGGUAGGCUGUGUUGUAUUGUUGCUUCGGAUCUCGUGUAGUGGGCUUUAAACGUAGUAAACAAUAUUGUUAUCGCCGUCGUCACACUGUCGUAUUGUUUUAACUUUUAUAUUCAGCCGUUAGCCAAGCGUAAACCACGAUGCCACCUAAAAAGCGCAACUCUGUGGCGGCACAGAACAAGGCUUUGAAGCCCGGUGCAGAGAGAGCCUCUCCGGACAAGAAGGAGAGUCCAGACUUAUCUGCUAAAAAACACAGAGACAAGGAUGCAGAGUUUGUGACCCUUUGCAAGAGCCUGCAGGUCACAGAUGUGGUGUGUGACCGUGCCUGGUCCCUGUGGAAAACUGUUCAAGAGUCCAUGGAUGGAGUCUCUGACAGUCAGAAAAGGCUGUGGGGUGCUUGUCUGUUCGUGACAGUGACAGACCUGGAUGUUCCCUGUUUCACUCUAAGUCAGGUUCUGAAAGCAGUCUCUCUAAAUUUAAAGCAGUUCAUGGCUCUGGUCAGGAAGCUGGACGUGAACUUGGAUACAAUAAACACCAAGGUGGAUUCAGUGAUGACACGACUUGAGAAGAAGUAUGACGUGACGCUGGCUCUCUACCAGAGGUUUGAGAAGACAUGCAAGAGGAUCUUUGCUUUGGUUGCAGAUGACAAGGAGAGGGAGAUCAUGAGGAGUUGCUGGACGAUGUUUCUUUUGGCCAAAGGAAGGGUGUUGCAGAUGGAGGAUGACCUGGUCAUAUCAUUCCAACUGCUUCUGUGUACACUGGAGUUAUUCAUCAAGCGCUGCCCUCCAGACCUUCUGCAGCCUCUUUACAAAUCGGCAAUCGGUAAAGUUCAGAGUCAGCCAACUCGAACAUCUCGUCGCAACCAGAGCAAAGCCAAAUCCCGACCUCCUGAGCCGGAGGUGGAGGUGCAGCUUCUUGAAACCUUGUGCAAAGAGAAUGAAUGCAAUGCAGAAGAGGUGAAGAACGUGUACCAGACCAGUUUCUCAGCCUUCCUGGAUUCAUUGGAUCUUUCAAGAUCUUCAGAUUUUCCUCCGGCAAGUGACAUUGACCAACAAUAUGAAGAACACUACCUCAAGAGCAGAGACAUCGAUGGACGGCUGUUUUUUGAUGGAGACGAGACUGUUCUUCUGCCUAAAGUCGAAGUAUCACAGGUGGAGAGAACGCCAAAGAAGCAUCCACCAGAUGACGACGCCGUACUCAUCCCUCCACAGACUCCAAUCAGAGCUGCGAUGACCUCCAUUCAGCAGUUGAGGGGUGAUCUCAUCUCCUCUGGGGAUCAGCCGUCCACCACCCUGAAUACAUAUUUCAAAAAUUGCACCGUGGACCCGACGCAGAACAUGCUGACGCGCUUGGAGACACUGGAACAGUUGUUCAGUCAAAGAUUUGGCCAAGCAGUCGGCCCACGCUGUUUAAUACUUGGGAAGCAGAGAUUUGCCCUGGGAGUGAGACUGUAUUAUAAAAUCAUGGAGGCGAUGCUGAAAUCGGAAGAAAAGCGUCUGUCUGUGCAAAAUUUCAGUAAACUCCUCAACGACGCCACGUUCCACACAUCACUCUUGGCCUGUGCUUUGGAGGUCGUCAUGGCAACAUACGGAGAGAGCAGUUUUAAGACUGGAGGAUACAACCACGCCGCUGGGGACUCGGCUGAGACGGACGUGUGUUUCCCCUGGAUACUGCAUGUGUUCAACCUUGCCGCCUUUGACUUCUACAAAGUCAUCGAGAGCUUCAUCAAGGCCGACCCCACGCUGAGCAAAGACACUGUCAAACAUCUGGAGACCUGUGAAAACCUCAUCAUGGAGAGGAUUGCGUGGAGGACGGACUCCCCGCUGUUCGAGCUGUUGAAACAGGAGCAUGAAGGCGGCGCUGUGGAGCAGGUGGAGACCCCGGCCAGUUUCAGUCAACCACUGCAGCACAACCACACAGCAGCUGACCUAUACCUGUCUCCUGUGCGUCCGGGUCAUCGCGUCUUGCCUCCUGAGUCUCCAGCCCCAGCCAACUCUCAAGCGUCCACUCAGGCUCCAAACCAGCCGGCCAAUCAGACUCCUCGACAGCCAAAGUCCAACUCUCUCAGCCUCUUCUAUAAGAAGUUGUACCGCCUGGCCUACACAAGGCUGGAGAAACUCUGCACCUACCUGCUGUCCUCUCACCCUGAACUGGAGCCCAUUAUAUGGACACUUUUCCAGCACACACUGCAGCAUGAAUACGAGCUAAUGAGAGACCGUCACCUUGACCAGUUGAUGAUGUCCGCCAUGUACGCCAUAUGCAAAGUGAAGAGUGUCGACCUUCGCUUCAAGACCAUCGUCACUGAAUACAAGAAUAUGCCCAACACCAACCAGGAGACCUUUAAGCACGUGUUGAUCACUGAGGCCCACUACGACUCCAUCAUUGUCUUCUACAACCAAGUCUUCAUGCAGAGGCUGAAAACCAACAUCCUGCAGUAUGCAUCUCCCAGGCCACCGACCCUCUCUCCAAUCCCACAAAUCCCACGCAGCCCCUACAAAUUCCCAAAUUCUCCCCUGCGUGUGCCUGGCAGCAACAACGUGUACAUCUCACCUCUGAAAAACCCCCGCAUGUCCCCGGGUAUCAUGACCCCUCGCUCCAGAAUGCUGGUGUCGAUAGGUGAAUCUUUUGGGCGGUCUAGUCGAUUCCGGGAGAUCAACCAGAUGGUGAAUAGCAGUGAGCGCUCCUUUAAGCGGACUCUGGAUCUCAGCUCUGCUCCAAAGCCUCUGAAGAGGUUACGAUUCGACGUGGAUGGACAGGACGAAGCGGACGGAAGUAAAUCUGGUAGAGAUUCUACUCUGAUACAGAAGCUUGCAGAGAUGAGCUCCACUCGAAGUCGCAUGCAGGAGCAGAAGCUGAAGGAGGACGCGGAGGCGAGGAAGGAGUGACUCUAAGAAAAAACCCUACUGAACUCACCUGCACUGUUUGUCACGGCGUGAACACAACCUUUUCGUUCAUUCCCACACAAAGCGAAGCAUUGGUUUCUCUGUACAUUUAGCAAGGCAUUUUAGUUUUAGUAUUUAACUUUGUGUUUUGAGGAGUAGUAUGUGAAUAUGGAGGCGUUUGGCGUUCUAUUUUUGUUGCUGUCGGUACUUUAACUGUUGUAACUGAAUAAUGAUAGGAAUGAUUUAAAUUUGACUUGUUGGAGAUUAUGCGUGUUUGGUUUUAAGAGUGAUAUUAAGUUUUUGGACGUUGUGAGCUAUCGCAGUUUGUUAUCAAUGUUAACAUUGGUUUUUUUCUACUACAGUUGGAAGCGUUAGGUCACUUCACAUUUUUAUACUUCAACAAUUUCAAGUGUUGAAUCAUGAUUACCUUCCACAGAAGAGUGAGGGCGUAAGGUCAGCAACGGAUUGGAAUCUGUCCAUUUACAUUUGAAUUGGUCUUUUAUUCAAACCUGGGAAAGUUGAGUUUGUGCUAUGACGUGACAAGUUAUAAAACAAUCAAAUAUCACUGUGUAAUUUGCACUCGACCAAAAUUAAUUGUACAGUAGUUUUCAAAAACGUUUCAGGAAAUGUUUAUAACAUAGUUUCUUAGUAAUGUUUGCUUGAAAAAUGAGUGGUUUAAAAAGACACAAAUCUUAUUAACCAAAUGUGAAUGCUUCCUUUCAUUUCUGCUAAAGAUUUUUUUUAUAUAUAUAUAUACGUUUUGCUCAGUUGCGUGUUUUUUUUCUACACGUGUGUAUGAUUGAUGAUUUUAAUUUUUGAAAAAUAGAAGAGAAAUAUUCUGUGAAAGAAGGAAAACAAUGUGUGUGCGGCGAGUACACACCAUGUAUGCUCCACACCCUGGUACAAUAUUACUGGAAAUGUCAGCGUUUUGUAAAAUAAAUGUUAAUAUUGUACUUUAUUGAAGUACUUCCUCUA